GGGUCCAUCUCUCCAAAGUGCGAUCUCUCACCCUAGACUCCUGGGAUCCCGAACAGAUGAAGCCCAGAGAAAGAGACAUGGAUUAAAGAGAAAUAUGUGGAGAAAAGAUUUGCAAAGGAUGCCAGCUCGCCUGAAACACAGAUUGGGAGGGAGAAUGCAGGGCAUCAGCAUGGCGCAGGGGGCAGAGGUGAACUGGAGCCACGCUGAGGAGGAGGGACGCACUGCUCUCAUUGGCUCAGCUUUUGGGGGCUCCCUAUCGGCCUGUGAGUUCCUACUGCAGAAUGGAGCCAAUCUAAACUACCGUGACCAGUUUGUUCAAGGAGCCCUUCACACUGCAGCCACCUGGGGCCACACAGGGCAAGUGUGUCUACUUCUAAAGAAGGGAGCCAAUCAGUAUGCAGCUGACGAGAGGGGGCAGGACCCACUCGCCAUUGCCAUAGAGACAGCACAUGCCGAUAUUGUGACCCUACUACGAAUGGCUCGCAUGAAUGAAGAGAUGAGAGACUCAGAGGGAUUCUUUGGAUCUAUGGGUGACCAUGUGACAUUUCAAGACAUCUUCCGUGACUUCAGUGAUAUGGCUUCACACGAUCCAGAAAGACUCACCCGUCGACAGUUCAGCAGAAGCGGAGAAGAGGAGGAACAGGACAAGAGAAUGGUGAAUGACCAGCACAAGGCAGAGAAGGAGGAGGAAGAGACAUAG